CAGGAUGCCGUUGCGGUAGGCGGCGCCGUUCACGGAAGAGGACGGUAGUGGUAUGUGUUUGGGGUCCGGAGAGAGGCGGGAGGAGAGGUAAAAGAAAUUAUUCAGGAGAAAUCACAAUAAAAUGGCCUCUGCACUUUGCAGCAGAGCCAGGCUGGUCACCUACCUCCCCGGGUUCUGUUCCCUCAUGAGAAGGGUGAGAGGUACCCGUGCUUUUUCUACUGCAGGAUCCUCAGGCUCUGAUGAACCUUAUGUAGCAUCUACACCACCUGACAUAUUUCCCAGGACAGUAUGGCCAGAUGAGGUUAUGGGACCCUUUGGCCCCCAGGAUCAGCGCUUUCAACUCCCUGGUAAUAUUGGAUUUGAUGAUCAUGUGAAUGGAAUGAACGCACAGAGGAAAGUCCUCGCGCCAAGAAACUUACCCGACCUCCUAUCUGAGCCGGUUGCCAGUGAGAGACACGAGUUUGUCAUGGCGCAGUUUGUCAAUGAGUUCCAGGGAAGUGAAGUUUCUCCGCAGCAACAAGAAGUAUGCAGCGCGGGAUCGUACUUCGAGAACGCCAAAGUAGAGUGUGCCAUGCAGAGAUGUCCAGAACUGCUAAGAAAAGAUGUUGUAUCCAUGUUUCCCGAGAUCCCCGAUAACAACCUACUAGUACUAACUGUGACACAGAAAACCAUGAAUGAUAUGACUGCGUGGAGUGAAGAGGUGGAUAACGAGAGAGAAAUGCUGUUGGAGAAGUUCAUUAAUGGUGCCAAGGAAAUAUGCUAUGCCCUCAGGUCAGAGGGCUACUGGGCCGACUUCAUAGAGCCAUCUUCAGGACUGGCAUAUUUUGGUCCAUACACAAAUAACACUCUAUAUGAAACGGACGAACGCUAUCGGCACCUUGGAUUCCGGGUGGAGGAUCUCGGCUGCUGUAAAGUAAUUCGCCAUAAUGUCUGGGGAACGCACGUUGUAGUAGGAAGUAUUUUCACAAAUGCUCCUCAGGACAGCGCCAUCAUGAGGAAGUUGGGAGAACACUAGAAGCCGUUGUGGAAUUUCUAAAACCAGUCAUUACCUCAUACUGAUUGGUUUUCUUAUUGGCUGGUGAUGAUGGAAGCCUUAAUUGUGGACAAAAAAAAAAAAAACUGUGCAAUUUAUAUUUAAAUGUAACUUUUAUUUAUGAGAAGAACCAUCGAUGGAACCAUAAUCUGUGUAAAUGAUGUAACGGGUGACAGUUCUCUUUGUAAAACAAUGAAAUGUUUCACACUGUCCGUUGUGAAAGGUUUUGGAGAAUUCAUAUCAAAUAAAUGUGUUUUACAAAGUG